CCUCCCCACCAAAAAAACUGAUUUAACUUCACUCCCUCCUCCAUUCUCACAACUACCAUUUUCACGAUUCACACCCUCACUCUCUCACUCCAAUUAUUUAUACGCCUCCUCUCUCCACCCCCACUUUCCUAUAAACUCCCAUUUCCUCUCUCUCACGCUCCAGUCUCCAAAAUGGAAGGGAAAGCAAUACUUCCCCUUCUCUUCCUUUCCCUCUCCGCCAUUUUCCUCUCCCUCUCCUCCGCCCUCGACCACCAGACCCUCCUCCUCAACCCCCUCCCCUCCCCACCCACCACCCUCUCAUGGUCCGACACCGUCUCCGAAUCCGAUUCCGCCCAACUCCACCCCAACUCCCCCUCCGCCACCGCCACAACCCCAAACACUCUCUCCGUACAAUUACACCACAUCGACGCCAUGGCGCUUAACAAAACCCCCACCCAACUCUUCCACCUCCGCCUCCAGCGUGACGCCUUCCGUGUCAAAACCCUUACCUCCCUCGCCGCCGCCGCCGCGGCGUCCUCAAACAGAACAACCAGAGGCGGCGGUCACGUGCCUGUCACGGGCUUCAGCAGUUCCGUCGUCUCCGGACUCUCUCAGGGCAGCGGCGAGUACUUCACGCGCCUUGGCGUCGGCACGCCUCCCAGGUACGUCUACAUGGUCCUCGACACCGGAAGCGACGUCGUUUGGCUCCAAUGCGCCCCCUGCAAGCGGUGCUACACCCAGGCCGACCCCAUUUUUGACCCACGUAAAUCCGGAUCCUUCGCCACAAUCCCUUGUGGGUCCCCCCUCUGCCGGAAACUCGACUCGCCGGGCUGUAAUUCCAAGAAGACCUGCCUCUACCAAGUCUCCUACGGGGACGGUUCCUUCACUGUCGGCGAGUUCUCAACCGAAACGCUGACGUUUCGCGGCACCAAAGUGGGACGCGUGGCGAUUGGAUGCGGUCACGACAACGAGGGCCUCUUCGUCGGUGCGGCGGGGCUUUUGGGACUCGGCCGGGGAAAGUUAUCAUUUCCCGCCCAGACCGGCUCCCAAUUCAACCGGAAAUUCUCCUACUGCCUAGUGGACCGGUCCUCUUCUUCCAAACCGUCCUCAGUCCUCUUCGGUGACUCGGCCGUUUCCCGGACCGCCCGGUUCACACCCCUCCUCGCGAACCCAAAACUCGACACGUUUUACUACGUCGAGCUCAUCGGUAUCAGUGUCGGUGGGACACGUGUCCCGGGUAUCACGGCAUCGCUUUUCAAUCUCGACCCGGCAGGAAACGGAGGGGUCAUCCUCGAUUCGGGCACUUCCGUGACCCGAUUGACCCGAUCGGCUUACAAUGCUCUCCGAGAUGCUUUCCGGGCAGGUACUUCGGGGCUUAAGCGUGGGCCCGAGUUCUCUCUGUUCGACACGUGUUUCGACUUGUCCGGAAAGACCGAAGUCAAAGUUCCCACGGUCGUGCUGCAUUUCCGAAACGCCGACGUUCCACUUCCGGCUACCAACUACCUGAUCCCAGUGGACAGCAGCGGCAGCUUCUGCUUUGCUUUCGCGGGUACGAUGGGCGGGUUGUCCAUAAUUGGUAACAUCCAGCAGCAAGGUUUCCGUGUGGUGUAUGACCUGGCGGGUUCCCGGGUCGGGUUUUCUCCACGUGGGUGCGCUUAGUUAAUUUUGAUAGCGGCACGGGAAAUGCCCAAUUUCCGUGAGUUUUAUUUUUAUAUUUUUAAUUUAAUAUAAAUCAAAGCGGGGAAAAGCAAACCUUCCUUGCUGGAAUUAGGAUGAUGAUUUGAUGUGAUGAAAUGAAAGGGUGGGAUUUGAGA